GCGGUGCAGCGGCGGCCGCUUGGAAGAUGGCUGCGCCCUGUGGCUCGGAGCUGCCCGCCAACUCGCCGCUAAAAAUCCCGAAGAUGGAGGUGCUCUCCCCGGCUUCUCCUGGUGGCCUGAGCGACGGAAAUCCAUCGCUGUCCGACCCUUCCACGCCUCGGGGUGCCUCCCCACUCGGGCCGGGCAGUGCAGCGGGCUCGGGGGCAGCGGCGUCCGGGGGUCUCGGGCUGGGGCUGGGGGGCCGCAGCGCCGCCUCGUCCUCGGUCUCCUUCUCCCCUGGUGGCGGCGGUGGCGGGGCUGCGGCAGCCGCCGCCGCCGCCUGCCGGGGCAUGUCGUGGACGCCGGCCGAGACGAACGCGCUCAUCGCAGUGUGGGGCAACGAGCGGCUGGUGGAGGCGCGGUACCAGCAGCUGGAGGGAGCCGGCACGGUGUUCGGCAGCAAGGCCCCCGGGCCAGCCAUGUACGAGCGCGUGUCCCGGGCCCUGGCCGAGCUGGGCUACGAGCGGACCCCGUCCCAGUGCCGGGAGCGCAUCAAGCUGGUUCGAUGCCCAGAACUGAAUGCUGUGCUCCAGCUGUGGCCUCACCGGUGCUGAAUAGAGAGGAAGAGCCACCUUCAUAGCUUACAUGUGAUUCCUCUGCUUAUACAACCCAAUACUGGAUUUACUUACUUUGGCAAGAUAGCUGCAUUGUGCACUGUAUUUAAUGUUACGUGUACUGUAACCCUGGGUCUUUCUCUGCAUUGCUGCCGUUAAACCCCCAAUCCUGCCAAUCUAAAACUCCUGCCUUUGUUUACCUUCCCCCUCCCCCAUAGACUCCCCAUACAUUCAUCCACAAUGAAUGUCAUCUUUUUAUUCUCUCAUUUCCUUUUACUCUAAUCUUAAACUUUGGCAAAACUUUCACUCUGUCCUAUAAAUUGUCAGUUGUCAGCCAUCUUAUUUUUCUCCCUGCUUUGGUAAUGGGACAUCUUUGAAGUCUUUUCUCUGGCUCUUUUCCCUUCAUAGUCAUGAAGCACUUGGCAUGGUGGAUUUAGUAAGCAUUCUCUUGCCAUUGCUUCCAAAUCAAAUACCAUGAACUCCUCUGGGUUGACCACCGAUCAAGUUGUUACCUAUGCUUUAGUUCUUCAGUCCAGGUUUUCCUGACCCCUCCUGACCUCUAUCCCUACAGCUUCGUUCAGGAUACAGUAUUCUCUCACGACUCUUCCUCCAGGGGGAGACAACAGCAUCAUGUCAAUUUACCGGGGAGAUUUCCGACAGUCAGGAAAAUUACAAUCUCUAAUUGUGAAUAGAAUAGUUUUUAAUAAUUUUAAGCACAUUUCUGCCCCUGCCCCAGACCUUAAUUUUUAGAAACUAUUAAGCUUAAGUUACUACAAAUUUCUAGGAUGAGUAAAAUAAAGGAAGAAGAAAAGGAAGCAAGAUUUUUGUGUUGAAUAGGACAUGGUUCUCCAAGAAAGCCAAAUUGAGGUUCUUGCUGGAUUUGAGAGCUGUCUGAAAUGGGAAUUGAGGCUUCGUUUUUCUGAGCAUUAUUGUAAUCCCAGCUCUAGAGUAGGUUUUUAAAUUGGUUUAUUUAGGACUGUUGACACGCACAGUCUUAAUUACAUGCUUUGGCUAAUUUAGAGUGUGGAAAGUGUAACCUUUUUUGCUUUAUUGUGGGUGAUAAUUGGAAGGUCUCCAUAGUUCCUUUUUAUCCAUCUCUAAACUCCCUCAAGUUUAACUAAAUCCCAGUGCUUCUUACAGUACCAGUCAAGCCGAAGUUUCAGUUCUUACUGCUUUUUUUCUUAGUUGAUGUGAUUUAAAUAGCCUCUCCUUGGAUCUGUGGUCUUGACUGAACCCAGAAGUUACCUCUUAAGUGCAUUUAUAUCUUGAGAGAGUUAAAAUCAGUUGGGAAAUCUUUUUUAACAUGAUUUCAAUACAUCAAAUUCCUAUCAUGGAUUUAAAAGUUACCAAACAUCUUUCCUUCAGGCCCCUGAUAGAUAUUUUACCUACUAGCAUAGUGCACUAUUCAAGUGUAUUACAAAAGUACACUACAAAGUAAGAGGUAGCAAGAUCUGUUAGUGUCUUUUGAUAAAUUGUAAAAUGUAUCACCUGACUUUUCUUCCAUAUCUGUAACCAUUAGAUACUGCUAGUUUCCUUAUUCACAAUUACAUAAGCCAAGUGAAGUAUUAAGCUCAAUUUGGUGGUUCCAAAGACAGUAAGAGUCUUUUCUGUGGUUUCCUACCAUGUCUAUCGCCAGAGAUUGGUGGCUUUGCUUAUGCUUGUGUCACUUCUUGUUAAGUGUGGUACCUUUCUUGAAAGGAAUGUUAGUUUUAUUCCCUGGCUUCUGAAAUAACCCUCAGCAACAGAGCCAGCUGGGCCCUUGUGUGUGCUGAAUGCUUGUCUCCAGACAGUCAGUAAGUAGUGAGCAGUGGCAUGGUUUCCUUCUCCAUUUAUGGCCUUGGAAGGGUGAAAGGGACAUGGUUGGGACUCUCCAUUUACGGUCCUUGGAGGAGUUGAAAAGAGUGGUUGGGGUGUUCUUGGAGGCAGAAACUAGACAUUGUGAGAUAAAAAUAAAUUGGCAAGGGAUGUUUGGAAUUCAAAUUCCAAUCCCUGCAAGGAGGGCAGAGGGCGCUGGGAAAGGGGGAGUGUGUAGAAAGUCAAAUGAGCUCUGCCGCAGGCAUUUGUCUCCUUCCAUUGGAAGGUUUGCCCAUGACACACAUUUGCCAAGUUCGUAUUUCUGGUUUGUUCUAGAAAAUUUUGUUUUAUGUAAUUGUGAGUAUCUUUUACAAAGAGGAAGAAGAAACACUUUUAAAAAGAGUGUAUUGUUGGAAACCUCAGUUCUCUAAGGCAUCAUUUGAGGCUCCAGAAGAGACCUCAACAAAGGGAGAAUGAGGCAGGUGCUUGUGCAGGGGGUAGGCCGGCUGGCUUUAGGGUGGGAGACUCUUAAUAGUUGCUCUGUUUUUGUGUGAGGAAGAUCACACAUGUGGUUCUUUUAUUAUUCCUUUUACCCAUCUAGAUUUCUGGCUUCAAGGGACAAUUUUUUAACGUAUCUGAUAGAGUGUCUUGUAGAUUGUCAACUGUGAUUUAAAGAUACUGAACUUCCUGGCUGGGUGCGGUGGCUCACGCCUGUAAUCCCAGCACUUUGGGAGGCCAA